GAUAAUACAGAUAAUAUGGAUAACACAGAUAAUACAGAUAAUAUGGAUAAUACAAAUAAUACGGAUAACACAGAUAAUAUGGAUAAUACAGAUAAUACAGAUAACACAGAUAAUAUGGAUAACACAGAUAAAAUGGAUAAUACAGAUUAUCUAGAAUAA